CCCCACGCUACAAAAGCCUAUAAGUUACUACUCAUCCAAGCACACCAAUCACACUUCUUCUUGGCUCCUUUUUUCGAAAAACAUCAACUUUUUUUUUUUCCUUUUGGAAUUUUCUGUUGGCCAAAGAGAAAACAAUUUCAGAUAAUAAAAAAGAAACAAAUCAAUCUUUUUGUUUCAAUCGAGUUUGAGAUUCCUCAUUUCUUGGGAAAUGGAGAAUCAACCCUUAAUCAGUCCUCAAUCACGUUUCCGCCUCGAACCCAUACCGGAAAUUCCAGACUCCUUCGCCGCCGCCGCCGCUUCCACCGUCCCCAUCCACCACUCAAUCUCAACCACCUCCUUCUUCCAAGAGAUUGUACAACAACACCAUCACGACCUCGAACAAUCCGAACUCGACGGCGACGACAACACAUACCCAGAUUCCUACUUCACCAACCACCGUCCACUUCACCGAUGCCGUACAGCUCCGGCGAUGGUAAUCAUCAAAGACCUAAUACCCAAAACCUCGGAGACCAAAAUACCUUCACCAAUCUCGAAAUCGAUUAUCAAACAAGCGAUUUUCCUUCUAAUCAUCUACUUAACCCUAGGGGUUUCAAUCUACUCUUUCAAUCGAGAUCACUACUCCGGAAUCGAGACUCAUCCCGUCGUCGACGCGCUCUAUUUCUGUAUCGUCACUAUGUGUACGAUCGGCUACGGAGACAUCGCUCCGUUGACUCCAUGGACGAAGAUCUUCGCCGUGGUUUUCGUCUUGUUCGGGUUCGGCUUUCUGGAUAUUCUUCUUAGCGGCGUUGUCAAUUACGUUUUGGAUCUUCAAGAGAGUAUGAUUCUCACCGGAAUCCAAAUGGGUUCGGCGAGAGAUCCUCACCACCACAAGAGGUUCUCGGCGAAGGAUUACAUCAUCGAUUUCGAGAAAGGAAGGAUGAGGAUAAGGAUGAAAGUUUGUUUAGCGCUGUGCGUCGUCGUUUUGUGUGUCGGAGUCGGGGCCUUGGUUUUGCAUUUCGUCGAGGGUUUGGAUCUCGUUGAUUCGGUUUACCUGUCGGUUAUGUCGGUGACGACGGUUGGGUACGGAGACCGAGCGUUUAAAACGCUCGAAGGACGGCUUUUCGCGGCGGCUUGGCUGCUCGUUUCGACCCUCGCGGUGGCGCGUGCGUUUUUGUAUCUUGCCGAGGCCAGAAUCGAUCGCCGGCACAGGAAAGCUGUGAAAUCGGCGUUGAAUAGAGAGAUUACCGUCGAGGAUUUGCUCGCUGCUGAUACUUAUCAACAUGGUUUCAUCAGUAGAUCAGAGUAUAUUGUGUUGAAGCUUAAGGAAAUGCAGAAGAUUAGUGAGAAAGACAUUAACCAAGUCGCGAUUCAGUUUGAUAAACUUGAUCCUAAUAAUUUGGGGAAAAUCACAUUACCUGAUCUUUUAGGGGGUCCUUUGUAAUUAUUAUUUUUUCCUUCUUGUACAAUUAUCUUCUUCUUAUUUUUUUUUUCCUUUUUAAAGAAAGAUAUCUGAACAUGUGUAGCAGCACUGAAUCAUACAAAAGAGGUAUCUCUCAAUUCAUCAGAGAUAAUACAAGUGUAUAUGUUUUAUUUUUUGGUUGCUUUGUAUAAAACUGUGACAAUGUAAAUAAUACUCACAUCUUAAGAUUAAGACUGCUCGAAAGUUGAGGUUUUUUUUUGUC